AUGGCUGCUGGCACCGCGCUAGCGCCCGCGCGCUCUUCCGCUUGGCCCCAGAAAGUUUCGGUUCUGCGCGGCGGUGGACCCAAGACCGCGUGCCACCAUGAAGUCUGACCACUGCUGACCAGCCAGCCCCAGAGCACCAAGUUCCAACCUUCCUCCAGACCCACACGGUCAGGGAAGGUGGACUCACCAUGGCUUCCACCAGCGCCGAGAGCCAGCUCCAGAGAAUCAUCCGCGAUCUGCAAGAUGCAGUGACAGAACUAAGCAAUGAGUUUAAGGAAGCAGGAGAGCCCAUCACAGAUGACAGCAACAGCUUGCACAAGUUUUCUUAUAAACUUGAGUAUCUUCUGCAAUUCGAUCAGAAAGAGAAGGCCAGCCUCCUGGGCAAUAAGAAAGACUACUGGGAUUACUUCUGUGCCUGCCUGGCCAAGGUGAAAGGAGCCAACGAUGGGAUCCGAUUCGUCAAGUCCAUCUCGGAGCUUCGAACAUCUCUGGGGAAAGGAAGAGCCUUUAUUCGCUACUCUUUGGUGCAUCAGCGGUUGGCAGACACCUUACAGCAGUGCUUCAUGAAUACCAAAGUGACCAGCGACUGGUACUAUGCAAGAAGCCCCUUUCUGAAGCCAAAGCUGAGCUCUGACAUCGUGGGCCAACUCUAUGAAUUGACUGAGGUUCAGUUUGACCUGGCAUCGAGAGGCUAUGAUUUGGAUGCUGCCUGGCCAACAUUUGCCAGGAGGACACUGGCUGCCGGCUCUUCUGCUUACCUAUGGAAACCCCCCAGCCGAAGUUCCAGCAUGAGCAGUUUGGUGAGCAGCUACUUGCAGGCUCAGGAGAUGGCCUCCAGCUUUGACCUGAGCAGUCCCCUAAACAACGAGGCCCUGGAGGGCUUUGAUGAGAUGCGGCUAGAGCUGGACCAGCUGGAGAUGCGGGAGAAGCAACUGCAGGAGCGUGUGCAGCAACUGGACAGGGAGAACCAGGAGCUAAGGGCAGCAGUCAGCACGCAGGGGGAGCAGCUACAGGUGGAGAAGGAGAGGGGACACACUGCGGCAGAGGACAACAUCCGCCUCAUGGGCCUGGUAACUGAGCUCCAGAAGCAGUGCGAGGUCACCCAGGCUACCCAGAACACUGUGAAGGAGCUGCAGAUGUGCCUACAGGCCCUGGAGCAGGGUGUGGCCAUGAAGGAAGACGGCCACUCACCUCUGCAGCAGCUGGAGGCCAUGCUGCAGCCCCUGGCACGGGAGCUCGAGGCUGCACGGGAUUCCCUGGGCAAGAAGGAUCAGCUUCUAAGCAGACUCUCAAACUGGCUGGCCAGGGCUGAGCAGAAGGCAGAUCCAGCACUGGACAUGGAGUGGCAGCAAGAACACAUGCCCACUGACUCGGCCCUGAAGAUCAAGGAGCUGGGGGAAAAGCUUCAGGCCCUAGAAAGCGAGGGCACCAAGGUCCAGGAGCUCAACCGGCAGCAGAGUGCCCAGCUGGAGCAGCUGGCCACGGAGCUUCAACUGAAGGAGGAGGCUGUGGCUGGCCUGGAGCGCCAAGUGAAGGAGAUCGCCCCACUCCAGGAAGAGCUGUCUGGGAAGGGGCAGGAGGUAGCCCUGCUCCAGCAGCAGCUGCGGGAGUCACUGGCCCACUUGAGCUCCCUGAAGGAGGAGCUGGCAGGGGUAAGACAGGAAGAACAGCGGCGGCGGGAAGAGAAGGAGCUGCUGGAGCAGGAGGCUAGGUCGCAGACCCGGCAGCUGCAGCUCCUGGAGACCCAGCUGGCCCAGGCGAAUCAGCGUGUGAGCGACCUGGAGGAGCAGAAGAAGCAGCUCAUCCAGGACAAGGACCACCUCAACCAGAAGGUGGGCACGUUGGAGCGGCUUGCUGAGCAGCCAAGUGCAGAGCAGCCCACGAUCAGUGAGAGGAGUGAGUCCCCGGGCCCCCUGCACAACACCUUGCAACAGCCCUCUGAGAAGCCCGAGGAGGGGCAGCAGUGCCUGCUGAAGGGACAGAUGGACAGUGCUGAGGGGCAGCAGGGCACCCAGGAGGAGGAGCUUCAGCAGGCCAACCGGGAGCUGCAGAAAGAGUUGCAGAACGUGGUUGAGCGUAACCAGCUCCUGGAGGGCAAGCUGCAGGCCCUGCAGGCCGAUUACCAGGCCCUGCAGCAGCGGGAGGCGGCCAUCCAGGGCUCCCUGGCCUCCCUGGAGGCUGAACAGGCCAGCAUCCGGCAGCUGGGUGACCAGAUGGAGGCCAGUCUCCUGGCUGUAAGGAAGGCCAAGGAGACCAUGAAGGCCCAGGUUGCCGAGAAGGAGGCUGCCCUGCAGAGUAAGGAGGGUGAGUGCCAGCAGCUCCGGAAGGAGGCAGAACAGUGCCGGCAGUUGGCAGAGGCCCAGAGCCAGGAGCUCAGAGCUCUAGAGAGCCAGUGCCACCAGCAGACCCAGCUGAUUGAGACCCUCACCACAAAGGAAGGCCAGCAAGGGCUCGGCCCACCCCAAGAUGACGCAGUCCAGCUGGCCAUAUCUCAAGCGCAGCUGGAAAUCCAUCAGGGGGAGGCCCAGCGGCUGCAGGCUAAGGUGGUAGAGCUCCAGGCCAAGCUCCAAGCAGCCCUAGAUGACCAGGACAAGGUGCAGAGCCAGUUGUGUGUGGUUGAGGCAGUUCUGAGGGAGCACAAGACCUUGGUGCAGCAGCUAAAAGAGCAGAAUGAAGCCCUCAACAGGACCCACGUCCAGGAGCUGCUGCAGUGCUCAGAGCGGGAAGGGACGCUGCAGGAAGAGAAGGCUGAUGAAGCCCAGCAGAGAGAGCAAGAGCUGCAGGCCCUGCGGGAGGCACUGACCCAAGCAAAAUGCAACUCUGAGGAAGCCCAGCUGGAGCACGCUGAACUGCAAGAGCAACUGCACCGGGCUAACACCGACACGGCCGAGCUGGGCAUCCAGGUCUGCGCACUGACCGCAGAGAAGGAGCGGGUGGAGGGAGCACUGGCCUGUGCUGCCCAGGAGCUCCGGGACUCCAAAGAGGCAGCUUCGAGGGAGCGAGAGGUCCUGGAGCGCCAAGUGGCCGGGCUGCAGCAGGAAAAGGAGAACUUGCAGGAGAAGCUGAAGGCAGCCGAGGAGGCAGCCAGCUCCCUGCCUGGCCUGCAGGCCCAGCUGGCCCAGGCCGAGCAGCAGGCCCAGAGCCUUCGGGAGGCUGCACAGCAGGAGCAUGACACUCUCAAGUUCCAGUUGAGCACUGAGAUCAUGGACUAUCAGAGCAGACUGAAGAGUUCCAGCGAGGAGUGCAAAGGCCUCAGGGCCCAGCUUGAGGAACGAGGUCGGCAGCUGCAGGCCGCCGAGGAGGCUGUGGGCAAGCUGAAGGCCUCCCAAGCAGACAUGGGACAGAAGCUGAGCUGCACCAGCAACCGUCUUUCAGAGUGCCAGGCUGCCAUGCUGAAGAAGGACAAGGAGGGGGCUGCCCUGCGGGAGAACCUGGAAAGGACCCAGAAGGAACUUGAAAAGGCCACAAUAAAAAUCCAAGAGUAUUACAACAAACUCUGCCAGGAGGCAAAAGACCGGGAGAGAAAUGACCAGAAGAUGCUCGCAGACCUGGAUGACCUGAACAGAACCAAGAAGUACCUCGAGGAAAGGCUGAUAGAGCUGCUCAGGGACAAGGAUGCUCUCUGGCAGAAGUCAGAUGCCCUGGAAUUCCAGCAGAAACUCAGUGCUGAGGAGAGGUGGCUUGGGGACGCGGAGGCAAACCACUGCCACGACUGCAAGCGGGAGUUCAGCUGGAUGGUGCGACGGCACCACUGCAGGAUAUGUGGCCGCAUCUUCUGUUACUACUGCUGCAACAACUAUGUCCUGAUCAAGCACAGUGGCAAGAAGGAACGCUGCUGCCGAGCCUGUUUCCGGAAGUUCAGUGAAGGCCCUGGCUCUCCUGAUAGCACCAGCUCAGGCACUAGCCAGGGAGAGCUCAGUCCCAUGUUGUCACCAACCCAAGCUGGGUCCCAGGCCAUAGGAAACCAAGGAACAAACUCAGACUUCAGGCCACCAGAUGACGCUGUGUUUGACAUCAUCACAGAUGAGGAAUUGUGCCAGAUCCAGGAAUCCGGCUUCUCCUUGCCUGAAACACCCACUGAAACUGACUCUUUUGAUCCAAAUGUGGCCGAACAGGACACCACAUCAAACUCCCUAACUCCUGAGGAUACUGAGGACAUGCCUGUGGGGCAGGAUGCUGAAAUCUGUUUGCUGAAAUCUGGUGAACUGAUGAUCAAAUUACCACUCACAGUGGAAGAGAUUGCCAACUUUGGGGAGGGUAACAGGGAGCUGUUUGUGAGAUCCAGUACCUACAGCCUGAUCCCCAUCACUGUGACCGAGGCAGGCCUCACCAUCAGUUGGGUCUUCUCCUCUGAUCCCAAGAGCAUCUCCUUCAGCGUGGUCUUCCGAGAGGCAGAGGACACACCACUGGACCAGUGCAAGGUCCUCAUUCCCACGACCAGAUGCAAUUCCCACAAGGAGAACAUCCAGGGCCAGCUGAAGGUCCGCACGCCCGGCAUCUACAUGCUGGUGUUCGACAACACCUUUUCCAGGUUUGUCUCAAAAAAAGUAUUUUACCACUUGGCAGUUGACCGGCCUGUGAUCUAUGAUGGAAGCGAUUUCCCGUAGCAUGAAACACCUGGACGGUAACUUCACUUCAUCCACAGGAAACACUACAUUUCCUCUCCUGCCACAUGAAGCACACACACACACAUAUACCCAAAAAAAGAAAAAAGGAAAAAAAAAGAAAAAGAAGAAAGAAAAAAAAAUGGCUGUGCCCAGGCUCACUGGCUUGCUGCUCUGGAAGAAGCCCUGCACUGCCGCUGCUCAGAAGCUGAGCUUCUCGGGGCACUGUGUCCUCUGUACCAUGCACCUGUCCCUUUUAGCCCCAUGGCUCCUAAGGGCUCAAGUGACAUUUCCAUUGAUGACAUUUCCCAGCUGUCCUUACACCCAAAGGGACAUCCUGCCAAAGGUGGAAACCUCAGGAGACCGCCAGCUUCUCCUAGGUGCGCUGCUGAUUGCAGCCUCCUGUGGAGAGUUUCAUAAGACCCCUGUGGCCCUGAUUCCCACCCCUGGAGAGGGAUGUCCUGCUUUGUUCCACCCUGCACUCAGCCAGGCUUCCUGGUGACCCUAGCCACACCCUGUGAGUCCUCAGGCUCUGAGGCCCUUGAGGACUCCCAGGAAAAGGAGGCCAUGCGGCCACCAUGCAAGUUGAGGCACAGGGGUUGGGGGUGCAUCCUGUCACGUGGCAGUCCCUUAAUGCCCCAGUGAGUCUGGGGCUGCUCCAGUACUCAGCAACUUGGUAGGGGCCUCUGAGGUGAAUUUUUCCUCCUGGCCCUCUGUCUGGGUGACCCCAUUCCCAGGCAAAGCCCUCCACUCAUAGCUCAAAAUAUCACCCUAAGAAUCAACUGAAGAUAAUCCAGGACACAAAGCCCACCCUUCUCAGGACCUCCAAAGCCCAAAUGCUGGCUGAAAUUGACACCAUGCCCAAGGUGCGGAACUAUGCUUUGGCCUUCAGGGCUCGCUGCAGGCACGGCUUACUAAGGAGCAGAACCCAGGCAAGACCACUCUCAAACACUGGGGCCUUCUUAGCAAAAUUCUUUGGUAACUUAAGAACCAAAGUAACAGAGGAAACAGCCAUACAAAGGAAGCAGAGACAUAAAUUAUUCUUGGUCCCUCGUCCCCACCUGCCAGAUUCCCAAUACCCCACUUGUCACUUCCUUCUGUUCAGCCUGCACUGACACCCAGGAAACAUCGCCCCUGGACGCAAGGGGUCCUGUUUCCUUUUCCUGGACAAGAGUAAAAUGCUCUUCAUGUUCUCUGUGGCCCUUCUCCCAGCUCAGACAGCUCUACUUCGAUGGCCUUUGUGUCCUAUGUGAAGCCAGUCACCUGCAGUCAGGUCCCAGGUACUUCCACAGGACAUCAGACAAAAUGGCCAAGGGUGAGCAAAGAAGCACCAUAGAGGUUGACUGAGGAUCUGAGUGCGGGGCCCAGCCGUUGCUCCAAGCUGGCCUUGGGACCCAAGGCCAGUCAGACCAACUCUCAGAACCCUGGACUGAUUGAUUUGGAGGGACUGAGAAUGGGACAAGGACUCCAGGCCCACCAUGCACCACGGCCUCAAUCAUAUCACUAGCAAAAAGGAUGCUCAGGGGCCAUGAGUAAGGGGACGUAGCCUCUGACAUGGACUUGGGCCUUGAAACAGGAGUGGGCACUUGCCAGUAAGGAGUGCAAGAAUGGCCAACAGCUUUUUCAGAGAGCUGGGCCCUUUGUAUUCUGGGUCUCAGAGCAGCCUGUCGGGCAGAAAGCCACCAGGUACUCUUGUCUCUUCCUCACCGGGGCCUGACUGCUCAGCACUGAGACAGAAAAUGGCAAGACCCCCAGAGAUGCCCUAGCCUGUGUCCUCACAGGCAUGCCCAUGGCCUGAGAUUACUCAGGAGCAGAUUAUCCUUCCUUUGAACCCAUCUACCCCUUCACAAAGAAUCAUCCAAUGUCAUCUUGUUCCUGCGACAAAGAAGCUAUCAAGAGCCCCAGUACAGUCUGAGGGUCUUAUUUUGAGUGUUUGGCUUUCCCAAGAUGCCUUGGAGACUGGCCUGGCUGAUGGCCUUCAACUGGUAUCCACACUACAGUCUGCAACAAAAACCACCUUUCAUUGAGUAGCUGAUGUGUUUGGGGCCUAUGAGGGACCUGCGGCCGUUCAUCUGAGUUCCAUUCUAAAUAUCUGUCACUUGUCACAGCAGAGGACCAAUUCCACCUUCAAAGACCACCUGGCCCUUGUGAAGCCAACCAGAGUUACUCCUCCCAGAGAGCUGGGCCUGACCUUGGCGCGACCCCCCUCCAGCAUUGACUGCCCUUGUGUGGAAACUGGCCUUUGCCCUGGACUGAGGCGACCGAGUGCCCAGUGGCCCUUCCUCUUUGGUUUCAUUAGCAUAUUUAUUUUUUGUGCUGAAUGGACCUUGGUAGUACAUGAGUUCACCGUUCAGGCUCCAGUGUGCUGUGCACCGUGUCGCUAGAGAACGUCUUGGCCUAUUUAAGUGUGACUUUUACAAAUGGCUUUAUUCUUUUAAACAGUUCCCAACUUUACUGAGGUUUGAAGGUUGGGGUAAUUUUUAUUUUUUAAUGCAAAUGACAAUUGAUGAAUUACUGCCAGAGAUGGCAGCCCCAGCUAGACUGAGUGACACUAGAAAUCCCCUGGGAUCCCAGAUUACUUUUUUUGUUUGUUUGUUUGUUUUAAUAGCAGUCUCUUGGGAAAGCUCAGCUCUGGGGAUAAUGAUCAUAUUUAGUAAUGAUACGAGCCGCCUUGUUCACCUACCACUGAAGCCACAAUCACCUUCGCCCAAGAGAUACACCAACCACCAGACACACUCAUUCACCAACAAGGAAGCGUGUUUGCAAUAAAAUGUGCUCCUCCACAUCUGAGUGGACUCUACAGCACAAUGGACUCCAGGUAGACUGGACCAAGAACAGGCAAAGAAAUUCUUAAGAAUCUGGAACUGAAAAACUCCAUGGGGUUUGGAAAGUAGAAAUGAAAAACCACAUAAUAAAACUCAAAGGAGAUGGUGCUUCUGAAGAUUUUCAGCUGUCACCUAAGGUGGUGAAGCCACUCCAGGCCCAGAUAAGAGGAAAUUUCACUUGGAGAUGAAAUUUCAGAGUCUGUUUCAUGUGAUUAGAUGGUGCGAUGUGGUCAGGUGGUUUAUGAGUUGCAUUUGUAAAAGUCCACCUGGAUGGUUCUACCUGUGAGAAUUCUUUAGACCAAGAAACCAGCUUGGCUCUGAGGUAUUGGGAAGUAAAGCAGAGAGAAGCCCUUGGUGGUGCUUAGAACCAAGGACUCUCACAAAGACCAUAGAGACAACUCUUCACGUUUACAAAACUAGGUGCCUCUCAGUGGAAGCUUUCUUCAUUUAAUUGCAGUUCUUCCAAGGAAACGGAAGACUGGAUUCAUUAAUUCCCUUUUCUCUCUUAAGCACUUUUUUAAAAUAAUAAAGUAUAACUUUAAAUUGUAGGAGAAACAUCUCUGAUGGGGGGGGGAGAGGAAAAAAACUUUUCUAGAACUUUAUGAAUGAGUGUCAUCUGGAGGUGCUCUGCCUCUGGUGACUGCAGGGUGACACUCAGCCUUCCCAGGAAGGCUUCAAUUGGAAUGCACUUUAAUCAAUGAAUCCUCACUUGAGUGGCCUUAUGGGAUGGCGAGUCAGGAGCCCAUUUCAAUCUUAUCUGCCAAAGAAUUACUCAAAAGCACAUCAAAUACCAAACCUCACCAACACAGUAGGGGUGAGAAAUUUUUGUAUCCCAAAACAUAUUCCUUUAUAACAUCUGCUACACCAUUUGGAAAUAUUUUUAACCUCAGAAUUUAAAUAAAGUAAACACUAUGAUCUUCGGA